UUUUCUUUCUAGGGUUCAACGACUCCUCCUCCCCCUCCUCGCCCAAAUUCGAAAACCCGCUCAAAUCCCUCUCCUCGCGCGACGCGGCCGCGGAAGCUUCUGGAAGGCGGCGGCGGUGGUGACGAUGGAGCCGCAGCUGACGCCGGGCGCGGUGCAGGCGAUAGCGGACCACCCCGACGGGGCCGGGACGGUCCAGCCGGUGCUGCAGGUGGUGGACGUCCGCCCCGUCACCACCAAGAACGCGCCGCCGACGCCCAAGCCCGCCGACCGCUUCCGGAUGAUGCUCUCCGACGGCGCCCACACGCAGCAGUCCAUGCUCGCCACCGCCCUCAACUGCCUCGUCAAGGACGGCACCCUCCGCCCCGGCACCGUCGUCCAGCUCACCGACUUCAUGUGCAACACCAUCCAGGGCAAAAGGAUUAUUAUUGUUGUGAAACUUGAUGUUCUGCAAAAUGACUGUGCCAUAAUUGGGAACCCCAAACACUAUGAGCCAAAGGGUCUAACCAAGGAGCAAGACCCUAACUUACAGGCUAGUGCGGCUCAAACUAGUAGUGGAACCUACUCUGGUGGUGCAAGCAUGUUGGGAUCCUCCAUGGCACCAACGGUGGACCCGGCCGCUAGCAAUCGAUCAUAUGGUGGACCCUAUAAUAGUGCUCAAGGAAUGUUGGGUUCUUCUAUUGGCCAGACAGUUGAACCUGGUCCUACAAAUGUCUCCAUUGGUGGCCCUUAUCGUGCAAUCUCAGCACAGAACACAAUGAAUGCCAACUUGAUGUGGUCAACGUCUCAGCAGUCCUUGGUGAACCCUAAUCAAAACCAAAGGUUUUCAGGUCCUGCCUCAGGUGGAGGCUCUGGCCCUCCUGGCAAUGUUUAUGGGCAGCCUGCACGUCCUUCAUAUCAGCAGCCACCUUCAGUGAAUAUGAAUAGAGGGCCUGCUGCCAGGAAUGACUCUGCAACCCGUAUCAUCCCCAUUGCUGCGCUGAAUCCGUAUCAGCCUAAGUGGACAAUCAAGGCUAGGGUGACUGCAAAGUCUGAUAUCAGGCAUUGGAGCAAUGCCAAAGGUUCAGGAACAGUUUUCAACUUUGAUCUUCUUGAUGCACAAGGUGGAGAAAUUCGUGCGCAAUGCUGGAAAGAAUCGGUUGAUAAGUUUUAUGGGCAAAUUGAAGUUGGUAAGGUGUAUUUGAUAUCUAGGGGAACAUUGAAACCCGCGGCAAAGAAGUACAACACCUUGAACCAUGAUUAUGAAAUGACUCUGGAUGCCGGGUUAGCCAAUCUUGAGGUUUGCUCUGAUGAUGAUAACAGCAUCCCCAGGCUGCAGUACAAUUUCCGGCAGAUCAGUGAAUUAGAGAAUAUAGAUAAUGAGACCAUUGUAGAUUUACUUGGUGUCGUUACAUCAGUUAGCCCUUCUGCCACAAUUAUGAGGAAGACUGGCACUGAAACCAAGAGAAGGACUAUUCAACUGAAGGACUUAUCUGGCCGGAGCAUUGAAGUAACAUUGUGGGGAAACUUCUGUGACGUUGAGGGUCAGCAGUUGCAGUUGCAGUGUGAUUCUGGUUUGAACCCUGUGGUUGCUUUGAAAGGUGCCCGUGUGAGUGAUUUUGGUGGUAGAUCAGCAGGCACAAUCAGUUCAACCCAGCUGAUAAUAAACCCAGACUUUCCUGAGGUUGAAAGGCUGAGGCAGUGGUUCAUGACAGAAGGAAAAACUGCCCCUUGCAUUUCUUUAUCUCGAGAAAUUUCUAACAUGGGCCGGGCUGAUGCCCGCAGAACAAUUGCACAGAUCAAGGAUGAUGACUUGGGACGACAGGAGAAGGCAGACUGGAUCACUGUUAAGGCUGCAAUUUCACAUGUGGGUACUGAUAAUUUUUGUUAUCCAGCUUGCCCCAAGAUCUUGUCCGGUGGGAGGCAAUGUGGUAAAAAGGUCAUAAAUAAUGGCGAUGGGAUGUGGCAUUGUGACCGAUGUGAUGAGAGUGUUCAAAAUUGUGAAUAUAGGUACCUGCUUAGGUUCCAGAUCCAAGACCACACUGGUACUACCUAUGUUGAUGUGUUCCAGGAGGCUGGUGAGCAGGUUUUUUGUCGCAAGGCAGAAGAGCUUUUCUCAAUAAGAAAUGUUGACCAAGAUGAUGCACAAUUUGCAGAGAUCAUAGAAGGGGUCCGGUGGCAUCAAUAUCUAAUGAAAUUGCGAGUCAAGGAAGAAACCUUCAAUGAUGAGACGCGGCUGAAAUGCCACCUUAUGAAAAUCGAAAAACUGGACCCCUCGAAAGAGAGCAAUAUCCUUCUUGGAGCGAUUGACAGCCUUUUGCUGGAUGGAUCAGGCUCAAGCCCAGAGGGGCAAAGUGCUCCUUCCCCUAACGCUGGUUUCACUGAUCUGGUAGGUGGUCACAGCGCGACUACAUCUAGUGCAAAUCAGUUUGGGCAGCUAGCAAGUGUAAGCGCCGGGAUGUCUGCUCCACUAUCAGCAACACUAAACAUGCAGACAUGCAGCAUUUGUGGAGCCAAUGGGCACAGUGCGCAGAACUGCCAUGUGGGUGCCGAUAUGGGUAGGCAGGAAACAUCAGCAGUUGGAGGCUUCACGGUUAGUAAUCACAACUCCAUUGGUGGUAACACCAGCUCCGGCCCGUGUUACAAAUGUAACCAGCCUGGGCACUUUGCUAGAGACUGUCCAGCGCAGUCGGGCCUGGGCCCGUGUUACAAAUGUAACAAGCCUGGGCACUUUGCUAGAGACUGUCCAGGGCAGUCUGCUGGUGUCCAGCACCAGACAUAUGGGAAUAGUGUUUCAUCAAGGGGUUACAAUAGGCAAUCCUUUGUUGGGGGCUACUGAAGUAUUUUGCCAGUGAAGAAGCAGCACUGCGGCAGCACCUUGGUUUUGUUUAUCAUGUAUGGUAUCAGUGCAUCGUGUAUAGCUAUUAAAUCUGGCUUUUUUUGUUUAUGCCUUUAUUACCUCCAAUAUACACUGGGUAACUGGGGUAUCACUACCUUAAAAGAACAUUAUCCUUGUCUACAGUAUUGUAAAUUUCAAUGCCAGUUUCAAUCCAUGCAUGUUUACUGCUUUAUGGUCAACCGUUUGUAAUUUGCCUCAUCAGCUCGCUCUGUAACAAGAGGAGCUUUGCUAUUGUGAUUUUUUCCCCGUUCGGUUGGAAUCAACAGAAUCGUGCUAGAAGGCAUUUGA